GCGAUCUCUUGCAAUCGGAUAAGGUUCGAUAUAUGCUCCAAUACACGGUUUUCCUUUUCACUGUGAUUGUUCUGCUCUAAGUUCCGAGUUCCUGGCCCAAGUUUUUAAUGAGCCGAUCCUUGAGUUUUCUUUUUUGGUUUUUUGGAAGAAGAGAAGUCGAGAAGCCCUUUCUUUGGACUCUCGCUCUCCCAAAAACACCGGACCUGCAGGAGAAAUGAAUCCAGGAUCCAGUUGAUUCAGUCUUCUUGGGUCAAACACUGAUCUUCAAUUACGAACCACGGCUGUAAUUUUCUCGUGGCCCCACUUUCUCAUGUAGGAACGGCAGCUCUAAGUUUGUUUGUGUGACUCACUGGGAAUUUAGUAUGAUGUGGAGUAAACUGGCUUUUUUCUCGGUUUCCGCGUCGGCGCUGGUGCUGAAGAAGGGAAAGCAGCUAUCCAUUGCAAAUGCAGAUGUCAGGUUUUGCAAAGCCUUUGUGAAUCGUUGCCUUCGCUUUAUUUUAUAUGAAAACUAUAGCUAAUCGGGGCGAGCGACACCUGAAACUCUGGGAGGUACCUUGAUGUGGGUGGUGUGUGUUUUUUUCGCGGUGUUGUGCUCAUCCUUUGAAAUGCUCCGGCACGAUACGCAUGCGUUGCGCGAACUUUGAUUCUGACGACUACCUAUGACACCAGCAACUGCAAUGCAUAACAGCCAUUCGGUGACAAGGACGAUGCCUACGUGGACGACAAGGCAUACGAAAAUGACAGGUUUUUCGCCAAACGAUGACCCAAGUGUAGAAGAAUAAAAGCAACUGCAGAUGAAAAAACAAACAGCCAUCAUCGUCAAGAACGUGAUCAUCGCAAAGAUUGGUAGCUGAAGCGAGGCAUACGCAUAAACGACAGGCUUGAACUGAGCAGAUUCGUGCAUGAGUGUUCCUACUCAGUAUCCGUGCGUGACAACCGUAGUUUCUAUCGUAAGAUCAUCGGGUUGGCAAAAAAUUACGUCUGGAUAAGGCGGACCGCAACGCCAUGUUUGACUGCUCGGGAGGCGUGGCGGCCGCGAAGGGCAAAACGGGCGGGAGCAACAGUGAGGCGACCCGCGUGUUGCAGGCCAAAGCCGCGGCCAUAGCGGCGUCGGACGAUUCCAUGAACUCGGAGUCAUUCCAGGCAUCGGUGAAGACUGUCAACAAGUACAAGACUAGUUGUGCCCUCUCGUAAUUGAUGCAUCCUGCAGGGCUUUUUAUGCAAGGGCGUAACGUUUUUUAUUUUAGCCUGCUGCCGUCUUCAAAGAAGAAGAACCAGACGCAGACACUUACUUAACAAUCAAUCCGUAAUAUGAUGAUUCAACUAGUCCACUAUCCAACGUGAAAAUACUGACAACAGGUUUAAGCGCCACGCCGCCCAAGAUGCCGAGCAGGAUGGAGCGGCGCCGAAGAAAAGCUCCAUGGACGCGGAUGCCCCGUAUGAACACCGCAAGAACUUUCACGGUCCGGUAUCAAAUUCAAAAAUGCACCCUCUCCAGAAGUUUUAAUUGUUCGUUGGAAAGUUUCCAAAUGGAAACUGCUUGUCUUGUGAGCUUGGACGAAGUCGAGAAUACUGUCUCUCAUGCAGAUCACUGGAGGCUCCGGCUCGCGAAGCAUUUGACAGUUUUUACAUGGCAAGCCAGAGACGUAAAUUUUUGUCAUUCGCUUUCGCGCUCGAAAAGAUGUGAGCAAGGCGGCAGAACUUAAUGUUAAUAUUUCCAUUUAGAACUUCGACUUCUGCAACGUAGACACUAACACUCUCAUAUUCUGGGUCGGGGGCGUAUUUUCAUUUUGAUAUCCGGAUACCGACGUGCAGGCCGCCAACGAUGCCACGAAGGAUGCCCUCGCUAAGGCCGUCUCCAUCCGCCAAGAGUUUUUUGGAGAGCAGUUCUACCGUGGAUUAUAAGACUGAGCGCUGUUGACGAGUUUCAGUUUCGAACGUUGGCAAUCACUAAUCUGAUAUUUAUAAAUGUAAUCGGUACUAAGUAAAUUGCCAUGUCCUUGUUGCGGCGAGAGCAUGGUGGUUCGCCGCUACCUCGGUGUUUCCUAAGCUUUUUUUUGCUGAACUCGUUUGCUGCUUCGUUCACUGUUUGGUUCACCACGGCCCAAAAAAGCCUUCUUUCGCUCAUUUUUUUAGAUUUGUAAUUGUCAGAGUAACUCGGCCCGUUCUAUUUCAAAGGAUGCAUUUUUCUUUAGUGUUGUUUAUGUUUCGAUGCGCAGUUUUAAAUUUAUCAGUAGUAGCUCAUUAUGGCUUGUGUGUCGCUGUUGAAUCGGAGGUGACAAGCUAGCAAACCAAUAGCGAUCACUCCGGAUCCGAGAUGAUAUCGUAAGUGUGAGGGCAACAACAAACUGAAGGUGAGAGGUGCUCCGAGCGUCAGUCUGUAGAUAAAGAAAUAUCCGCCAGUCUCUCUUGUACGAUUUUAUGAUCCUUGCGGAUUCUUGUUGC